AUGGAUGAUCAAGUGCCGAAAGGUACUGAUUCGGCUCCUGGUGAAUCAGAAACUAAAAAUUUAAAGAAAAUUACAAAACCACCGACGGUAAGAAUAAUACCUCCGUUAAACUUCUGCCCAGUAGAAAGGCAACUUUACAGAUCAGGGCAGCCAUCUGUAAUUAACCAGUCUUUCAUCAAGGAGCUCAAUUUGAAAACCAUAUUGUGGCUAGCAACAGAAGAACCUCAGGAUGAUUUCUUGGAGUUCUGCCAACAGCACAAUAUAAAUAUUGACUUUACAGGGAUAAUAAAUGAAUAUAAUUACCAAAGCGUGAAUCCGUGGGAUGCUCUUGGAGACGCAACGAUUAAAAAAGCUCUCGAAUUGAUAUGUGAUAGAGAAAACUAUCCUUUGUUAGUUUGCUGUGGAAUGGGAAGACAUCGUACGGGUACUGUAAUUGGCUGUUUACGGCGUAUCCAAGGCUGGAACUUAGCAAGUGUCAGCGAAGAGUAUAGAAGGUUUACUGGAGCGAAAGGUGGAAGAAUCUUAGUUGAAUUAUUGAUUGAAAGCUUUGACAUCAGGUCCAUAGAAGUAAAUCCAGAAAAAUUGCCUGAUUGGUUAAAGUGA